ACGGACCACAAGCAGUGAUAUUCAUAUUUCCCGGACAGCGAAGCGAAGACCUGUGUGGGUCACAUAGAUUCAAUUGAGACAGCCAGGGGGCGGGGGAAGCUGGCUGCGCCUCUAGGUCCGGCGAAGUAGGCUAGAGGGAGUGAGAUAGAGAGAGACGUAGAGAGUAGGAGAGAGAUGUCAGACCUAGACAGGCAAAUAGAGCAGCUGAAGAAGUGCGAGCCCCUCAAGGAAUCGGAAGUGAAGGCUCUUUGUCUCAAGGCCAUGGAAAUCCUCGUCGAGGAGAGCAACGUUCAGAGGGUUGAUGCCCCCGUCACCAUAUGUGGUGAUAUCCACGGACAAUUUUAUGACAUGAAGGAGCUAUUCAAAGUAGGAGGUGACUGCCCCAAAACAAACUACUUAUUUCUUGGGGAUUUUGUUGAUAGAGGAUUUUACUCAGUUGAAACUUUUCUACUUCUGCUGGCUCUGAAGGUGAGGUAUCCAGAUCGAAUAACACUCAUCAGGGGUAACCAUGAGAGCCGUCAAAUCACACAGGUAUAUGGAUUCUAUGAUGAGUGCCUUCGUAAAUACGGAUCAGUCAAUGUCUGGAGAUAUUGCACUGAUAUAUUCGACUAUUUAAGCUUGUCAGCUCUAAUUGAAAACAAGAUUUUUAGUGUUCAUGGCGGUUUAUCUCCUGCCAUCUCUACAUUGGACCAGAUACGGACUAUUGAUCGGAAGCAAGAAGUACCUCAUGAUGGAGCCAUGUGUGACCUUCUUUGGUCAGAUCCUGAAGAUAUUGUAGAUGGAUGGGGUCUAAGUCCCCGUGGUGCUGGUUUCUUAUUUGGUGGCACUGUUGUUUCUUCUUUUAACCAUUCCAAUAAUAUAGACUAUAUUUGCCGUGCUCAUCAGUUGGUUAUGGAAGGGUAUAAAUGGAUGUUCAAUAACCAGAUAGUUACUGUAUGGUCGGCUCCGAAUUAUUGCUACAGAUGUGGUAAUGUGGCUGCAAUUUUGGAGUUGGAUGAAAAUCUAAAUAAGCAGUUCCGUGUUUUUGAAGCUGCUCCACAGGAAUCAAGAGGCGCGCCUGCCAAAAAACCACCGCCUGAUUACUUCCUGUGAUAGAGAUUUUUUUGUUAUGACCUAAAAUGCUCAAGUUGAUAAGUAGAGACUUGCAUGGAGGGGAUGAUUCUGCCCAGCACAGAAUCAUCAAAAUCAAAACGUCGGUUCCUGAGGCAGUUCUUUGUCCCCAGCAAUGAUAGCCGUAUAUUCAUGGGGUUGCUUUUCCUGUCCGCUUUUUCCUCAUCCAUCUUUAUUUUUUUGGCUUAUUAUUGGUGUUGUGAAUUAGUUGUGAUUUGCAAUAUAGGGUUGUUAUCUUUGGUCACCUAAAAGUAGUGGGGGAUAAAGGUUACAGGGUUAAAAUUCUGUUUGCAUAGGAGGGAACUUUAAUGAGGAGAAAUGGGUUGCGUCAGAGAGAACGGAGUCAGUACUCUCCAGAUUAUUUGCGGAAAAGCCGCAGACGAAUUGCAUAUUGAUUUCAUAAAUUUUUUUUAUGGUGAUUAUUUUCAAGUUAUGUGAAUAUACCGUUGCUAA